AUGGCGGCCCUACGCUGCCAGCGCUCCAACAUCCUUAGUUCUCUCCGACAUCGCAGUGCGCCAGCCUUCCGCACCGUCCCUAUCCGCCAGGCAAGUACCUCCUCGGCGCCGCCCGCAACUGGCCGCACUGCGCUCUACGGCACGCUCUUCGCGGUUUCCGCCGGUCUCUUCUCCGUCUACUACUUCGACUCUCGUUCAGCCAUUCACCGUUAUGUCUUCACACCUGUCUUGCGGUACAUCUUCGACGCGGAGACGUCCCAUAAAAUUGCUGUGAAAGUGCUUCGGAGCGGUCUGGGGCCGCGCGAUCCUCUGACCGAUGACGAGAGGCUGCAGUGCGAGUUCUUGGGCCAGAAGCUUCAUAACCCCAUCGGUCUCGCCGCUGGUUUCGACAAGGAUGGUGAAGCGGUCGAUGGCCUUCUGAACUUGGGAUUCAGCUGGGUGGAGAUUGGUAGUGUCACACCAAAGCCUCAGCCAGGUAACCCUCGUCCACGCGUGUUCCACCUGCCCGACGACGCCGCACUCAUCAACCGUUAUGGCUUCCCUUCUGAUGGCUCUGUGUCUGUCUUGACGCGUCUCCGUGCGCGCAUACCCAAGUUCACCCAAGUUGAUGAGAGCUCGACAGCUGCACUCCGCCCGGGGGCGAUCCUCGCCGUGAACCUUGGCAAGAACAAGACAUCACCGGCGGACUCUGUCGAUGACUUCGUCUCGGGCGUAUGGACGUUUGGGCCAGUUGCGGAUGUAUUGGUCGUGAACGUUUCCAGUCCGAACACACCGGGGCUGAGAGGUUUGCAGAACCGGGAGCUGCUUGAUGAGCUGCUGAAGCAAGUGACUGAAGCACGCGACGCCCUACCUCCAUCACCCAUUACCUCCCGUCGGCCAAGGCUUGUGCUUAAACUCGCACCAGAUCUGGAGGAAUUUCAGACCAUCGAGAUUGCUGAGGUGAUACGGCAUAGCGGUGUAGAUGGUGUCAUUGUCAGCAACACCACCGUCGCUCGACCUUCAAAUCUGCUAGACGCCAACAAAGUUGAGGUUGGAGGUCUCUCGGGAGUACCGCUCAAGUCAUUUGCUCUCCGUACCCUGAAGACCCUCCGAUCCAACCUUCCAGCUAACAUCCCUAUCAUAGGGUGUGGUGGCAUAAGCAGUGGUGCUGAUGCCCUUGAAUAUGCUCGCGCUGGAGCCUCGCUCGUGCAGGUGUACACCAGCUUUGGCUACGACGGCGCGGGCAUGUGCCGACGGAUCAAAGAUGAACUCGCUGGGCUGCUCGCGACGGAGGGCACAACCUGGAAAGAGGUGACCCAGCAAGCGGUCGAGUCGCUGAGUCUGCAAAAGGAACCCGAAAAGGACGGUACGAUUGGCAAGCUCGUCGAGGAAGCGACCGAGCUGCAGGGUCUACUUGACAAGCUAGGGGAGAAGCUGGGAAAUGCAGGAGAAGGGGACAAUAAUCUUGCUCAGGACAUUGGAGGGAGUCCGCCAGGCGUAGCUGCUAUCAUCUCGUCAUGAUUAAUCCAUUAUUCAGCUAGACUGCUUUCCUAGACCCUUUGCCUAGUGGGCGCUAUAGAUAUCGUAUGCACGCAACAUGGGACGUUUUUUGCGCAUGAGCUCGAGAUGUUCCACAUACACGCACCUGGAUAGGUCAAAUAUGCGAUUACGCCAUUUUGAUGCA